AUGCACAGCGCAGGUCCAGACAAGAGCAUGUUUGUUCAGAGCAGUGGACCAAGGCGCGCUGCCUCCGGCCGAGAGCGCCACGUCCUCCUUCGUCACUGGUCAAUUGAUCUGAGGGCGCGCAGGGAAAAUGAGCAGUGUUCCGCACCGCGUGGGCAAAUAGAGUAUAUAGGCGGGAAAUGCGAUGUAAUGGGGGCAUUGGUUUCGAGACUGGUCACAUUCGCACUGCGUGCAAGGUGUGGAGUGUACGACUCGUCGGCCAGUAUAGCAGGAGGCGUGUCCGACGCAGUGACCAGUCAAUUUCUUCAAUGA